CACCGCCUGCACCGCCUGCACAUGGUGGCCGCGCUCUGGACGCUCCUGGCCGCCCUGUUCGGAUCGGCGUGUGGCACCCAAGGACCCGAGAAGCAGGCGCACGUCUUUGAGAUAAAGCCGCUGGAGCUCAAGGUCUGCCCCGAGGUGGUGCAGCAGGAGUCCGUCAGCGUGCACAACUUCAGCAUCGUCCGCUGGGGGAACAACUACCAGGCUUGGUUCGACGUCGUGAUGCCCAAGCCCGUGGCCACCAUAUCCAAGGCGUCGCUGAAGCUGGUGCAGUGCCUGGCCGGCAAGCCCUGCAAGCACUUCUACACGAUGCGCUUCACGGCGGGCGUGUGCGCCAUCGUGGCGGACCGCUUCGCCUUCUGGUCGCCGCUGUUCUCAGGGGCGCAGCCCCCGUUCCAGUGCCCGCUCGACAAGAAGCUGUACCACUUCCGGAACGCGUCGGUGGAGAUGUCGCACUUCCUCUCCCUGUUCAGCGCGACCAGCUCCACCAUCAACCGGGAGGCCAUCUGGUCAGGCAAGCUGGAGGCGUGGGACGAGCAGUCCAAGGAGUUCGCCUGCCUCAACAUGAAGCUCAGCUACUCCUAGCCGCGCCUCGGUUUUGUCAAAGAAUACACUGUGAACGCGAGUUCCCCGUCGCCCUGUGUGUGUUCUCGUAGCGUGACGACGGACAAUACAGGCAACCCGCGUGGCGCCCGACUGAUUCCGAGCGGGAGAGAGACAGGCUGUGGACGCGCCGGAUAAACCUUGCAGAUUCCAGCGCGAACGUCGCUCUGUCUCUCUCGCACGGGUAGCGGAAUCGCUCAACAGCCACUGACCCUAAAGGCCUUAAAGUGACAACAACAGCAGCGGAAGCGCCGUUUCCAUUCCCAUUGAGCUGCCGCGGGACAAGCGUGACUGCACCCCGCUCGCCCUGUCGUCGCUCUGUCUCUCUCUCUCGCAUUCAGUGCUUGUAAAGCGAAGCUUUCUGGGGUCGAAAAUCGGGCUGAAUGAGGCUUGGUUUCCUUUCGGCUCUUUCAGGAGGGUUCGAAAGUCGAACUCCCGUCUCACUGAGAGCCACCCGUUCGGCCACCCUCUCGGUGUGGUUGUGCUUC